UAAGGGCAGCUGUAAAAUUAUUUUGCAACUUCUCAUUUAAUUCCAUUUACAAUUCCUAUAAUUUAUGUCAUUAUCCACAUUUUGACUAAAAUUUAAUAAAUAGUCUGACAUUAACUAAAAUUUAAAAGAAUUAUAGCAAAAGUUUCACAAAGUCUAAUUGUAUGAUGGAAAGAAAAAUACUAUCCAGCCCAAGUGGUACUGCGUAGGGAAAUCCACAGUAAGGCAGUUUUCAGGAGAUUUACUAUAAUCAUAGUUUCACCACUCUUGGCUGUGUGUUACAAUUUAUCAGUUUCUUGUAGCUUCAGUUAAAACAAAACUGCUCAGUAAGAAAGGGAAUCACACAGCAGGUAUGUAAAGAGGUGAAAAUGUCCUCAUUGAGCCAGUGGCUAGAGGGUUGCUCCAUAUGUCUGAGAGAUUUGCAUAUCAAUAGUUGCCUUGAAGGCAUUUUAAUUUCAAUAUAAAAGCUAACAGUGCAGCAGUUAUAAGUGGAGUGCAGCCUGCAAGCAGGAUAUUUUUCAUUGCUGGUUUAUGGUUCAGAUCAGAGUCACACUGCAAAGAUGGAGGUCAUUAUCAAGGUUUUAUCAGUACUUAUCUUCACUGAAAAUGGCUUUGUAUGCUCAUCUGCAUCCCUUGAAGCAAACAAAACUUCUAAAUCUCUGUUAACUGAUUUGCCAGAGCUGCUGGUUUAUCACCCAUCUUCCCCUUUGAACAUCAUGCAACCAAAGUGCCUGCCUUCAGAAUGCUUUCCCCUGUCCUGUGAUGAAAUCUACAAUCAAGGGCAUCGUAAGAAUGGUGUUUAUCAAAUCUACCCAGCAGGACCGUACACCCCAGUAAAUGUUUACUGUGACAUGGAAACCGAUGGAGGGAGGUGGACAGUGUUUCAGAAGAGGAAGGAUGGAACUGUAGACUUCUACCAAAACUGGAAUGCUUACAAGUCUGGAUUUGGGGUGGCUGAUGGAGAAUACUGGCUAGGUCUAGAAAACAUUUUCCUUCUAACACUGAAGAGGAAAUUUGAAUUGAGGGUUGACUUGGAAGAUUUUGAAAGAAACAAAGUUUUUGCCAAAUAUACACAGUUUUCCAUCUCGGCAAUGGCAAUUAAUGGUGAAGAAGACGGUUACAGAAUAUUUCUGACUGGAUUUAUAGAUGGGGGAGCAGGAGAUGCCUUAACUGGAAUGAGUGGUGCAAAAUUUUCUACCUACGACCGUGACCAGGAUUCAUAUUCUGGAAACUGUGCUUCACAAUUCUCCGGAGCUUUUUGGUAUACUUCCUGUCACUGUGCCAAUCUUAAUGGUCGUUAUCUAAGAGGAAGCCAUACGUCGUAUGCCAAUGGUGUCAACUGGUGUACCUGGAAGGGAUAUUAUUAUUCUGUCAAAAUCAGUGAAAUGAAGAUGCGACCAGUUCACCAGUUCCAAUUAAAUUCUUAAAAAAUGGACUAUGGAUGUAAAUCUCUAUGAUAAAUGUAUACAGCCAUACUUAACAAAAAAUUAACUGUUUUUCUUGAUUUGUUUUAUUGCUCAGCUGCUAAAUAAACGGCAAAGCCAUGAUUGUUUCAACUUCAAAA